UGUUGCUCCAUCGGUUUUUAACCGUCAUGGCGUCUCGCCGCCGACUGUACUGUGUGGCCCUCUUCGCGUGCUUCCUUCAGGUCCUCAGCCACCAAGCACGAGCAUUUCGGCUGGUACCGCAGGCCCAAAGUGUGUUCCUGCGGUCCAAACGGGCCAACACCUUUUUCGUGGAGGAGGUGUUGCAAGGGAACCUGGAAAGGGAGUGCUAUGAGGAGUUCUGCAGCUACGAGGAGGCCCGGGAAUACUUUGAAAACACCCCACAAACCGUUGCCUUCUGGACUGUUUAUUAUGAUGGGGACCAGUGUAUUCCAAACCCAUGCCUUAAUGAAGGGUCCUGUACGGACAGGGUGGGGGGGUUCUUAUGUAACUGCACUCAGCCUUACUAUGGGGUGAACUGUGAGCUUGGCAGUGUGAUCAAAGUGGAAACCCUACUGUUAAAAGAACCACAAGUCAUCGCUCCAGAUUUUAUAGAGUGUCCUAUAGAGGGUCCUAGAGCAUGUGAGCAGUUCUGCACGGUGUCUUACAGUACUUUCACAUGCUCCUGCACGACAGGAUACACACUUGACUCUGACGGACAGAGAUGCGUACCAGAAGUGAAACAUCCAUGUGGAAGGGGAUCUCCAUCUGACAAGACACACACAGCUGCUCCCAUCUGUUCUAGUGGGCGCUGUCCCUGGCAGGUGUUGCUGGUGGAUGGCAACGGGGUGGAGCUGUGUGGAGGGGCAGUCCUCGGCCUGCGCUCUGUACUGACCUCAGCCCGCUGUCUGUACACAGAUGGCAUGUAUUCCUCGUACCAUAAAAACCUCCGCAUCCGCGCUGGCAACUCAUCCUCAGCUGUGAGGAUCCCCAUCCAGGCUAUGUACAUCCACAAGCUUUUCCACAGAGAGCGCCACGACAACGACCUGGCCCUCCUUCAAUUGGCUUAUCCCCUUACCUUUGGCCCUGCCCUUUUCCAGCUCUGCCUUCCCAGCAAGGACUUCAGUGAAAAUGUGCUCAUGCGCUCCGGGCAAGAGGGGCUUACAGGGGCGAGACAGGGCCACAACGGUAUUUCCCAACACCGGAGCCCGUCUUAUUUGAGGCUGGACGACUGCCGCCGCCAUCAGCUCAACCUCUCUCACCCGCUCAGCAACAAGAUGUUCUGCAUGAGGAGCCAAAAUGGAGACCAAGGGAAGCCAACUGUCCACCAGAGCAGGAAAGAAAUGCAGCUCUGGGAAAACGACAGGAAGGCCCAAACAGGAAGCCAGAGCCAAAGUGAGCUGGGUGUUGAGGGAUUGAGGUCGGGGGUGAGUGACAGACAGUGUGAAUUUUUGCCGGGGACACCCAUGGCGACGGAGGAGAGGGGCACGGCAUUUCUGACAGGGUUACUGGUCUCCCAGUCGCCUAGCAGCUGUAGCGAAGAAGGCGUUAUGGGUCUGGUGUUCACCAAACUGUCACGGUAUCUAACCUGGAUCAGAGUCAGACUAGACCUGGCGGAGGAGGCCAGCAUGACCCCACAAGUCACUACGUAUCCCACCCCACCACCCUAAACCCCACCCACUCUACUGCAGGCACUGCAUUUGGAAAGGCUUCUUCAUGUUUUUGUGGUCUUGCGUGAAACUGCUUUUAAAUCCAUUUUUAGAUGUGUCAACAAGGGAGCACCACGGUGAAUUACAGGAAUGUUCCAACUCAAGAGGUCCAAUCAUUUGUUUGAGCUUACAUCAUAAAACGUAAUCCUUUAAUGCAGUUUCUCAUGAGAAACACCCAGUCUCUACCCAUUAAAUUGUACGAGUUGAAGAUUUUAGUACUCAAGAUCUUUGUUCAACACAUAUAGGGUAGGACGUUACAGCCGCCCGCUGGUAGUAGAGCUCCUGCCUCAGUGUGAGAUGGCUUGAGUCCUCCAUAAGAACCUUUAUCAAAAAGAAACCAUCAAGUCAAAUUGUUUUAUCGAUGCUGAAAUGCCACUUAAAUAUGAUUUGAGUCAACUGUUACCGAUAAGUUUUGUGCAGUUACAGAAGAAAUAAACUUUUUACAGCCAUUUGACUUUUUUUUUUUUUUUUCCAAUUUCAGUUUAUUGUUGUACGUAUCCCAAAAAGCCUGAGAUUCCAAUAACUGCUGAUAUGGACUCGAAAAUUGUUCAGUGGAGAAAUGAAUGAAGAUCCUUCUCUGGCAGGAACGUGACUGUUAGAGGGCGUAGGUUUCACUUUGCAUCCCUAAAGCAAACGUCCCAGAUUGAGUCCUUUACUAUGUACAUGGUGACGAUGUAUCUGGGUAUGAGGUACCGUCACCAGCACAGAGUUCCUGUGAUCCCAGUGAAGAAUAUCCUCGUGGAAGUUGAUGGUUUUCAUACAGCAGUUACCAACACGUUCUACCUGAAAAAGUUUCUCCAAAGUUGUGGACAUACAAAUAAAACCAAGGGUGUUUGGAGCGCCCACCGGUGGAUGGAGAGAGCGUGGUAUGUCAAGUCAACCAUGAUAAAACGGCUUACAUGGUCUACGGAGUCAUUACAAGGCUGUUUACCAGGAACUGUUAAUUAGCUGCUUAUUCAACGUAUCAGCAGAUUAGCCUCAUAUACUUGUACCAGGGGUGUAAUUGUGAUGUGUAAAUGUAAUUUUAAUUUGUUGUAAAUAAAAAUUGGAUAGAAUCUAAAGUAGAGAGAGA